CCCAGGUUCGAUCCCUGGCCAGGGCCUUUUUUUUCUUCCGCCUUGCAGCAGGUUGAGCUAUAUUUUGUGCAAUUAUUGCAGAAGCCUGUCGACUUGGAGCGUCGGUCCUUGUAUAGGGAAAAUGGACCUUCGGGCGACGGCCGGAAAUACCCCUGUCUAUGCUCGGCCGGUCUCGGCCUCGAAUGCGGGGGAAUCGGGUCAAGAUUCGGGGCGGAUAUCCGACAGUAACCACCCGUGUUAUCUGACCAUUCUCCUAUCUGACGGAUACGUUCCCGACCCUGGAGGAAUCCGGCCUACAUAGCCGAUUCGUUGGCAAUAAAGUCUUCUUAGGUCGUUGUCGUGUUUUCCACAACCCAUUCAGAUUCAGAAACCACCGGCCAUCAUACUCGUCUCACGGCGCCAACUUGCUAGUCUGUCCGCAUAAAUCCGCCAUAAUGUUCCGCACCAAGGUCCCCCCCAGCGGCAUUUGGGCCCCCGCAGUAACUCUCUUCAACCCCGAUACCGACGAGCUUGACCUUGAGGCGCAAACAAAGUACUACUCCUACCUCUCCAAGACGGGCCUCGCCGGCCUUGUCAUCCUCGGCACAAAUGCUGAACAGUUUCUCCUGACCCGCGAGGAGCGCAAGGCCCUUAUCGCCACCGCCCGCAAGGCGACCGGUCCCGGCUUUCCCAUCAUGGCCGGCUGCGGCAUGCACUCGGUCAAGCAGGUCCUCGAGCUCAUCAACGACGCCAAGGAGGCCGGCGCCGACUCGGCGCUCGUUCUGCCCCCUGCGUAUUUCGGCAAGCAGACGACUCCCGCCGUCAUCGACCGCUUCUUCAACGAGGUCGCCGAGAAGACCCCUCUGCCCAUCGUCAUCUACAACUUCCCCGUCGUAUGCAACGGCAUCGACCUCGACAGCAGCACCAUCGCCAAGCUGGCAAAGCAGCACGAGACCAUCGUCGGCGUGAAGCUCACAUGCGGCUCCGUCGCAAAGAUUGUCCGCCUGUCCGCCGAGCUGCCGGCAGACAAGUUCGCCACCUACGGCGGCCAGUCUGACUUCCUCCUCGGCGGCCUCGCCUCAGGCAGCGCGGGCUGCAUCGCGGCCUUCGCCAACGUCUUCCCCCGUGUGACGGUGCAGAUCUACAAGCUGCACGCCGAGGGCAAGAUCCAGGAGGCGUUGGAGCUCCACCAGAAGGCCGCCAUUGCCGAGCAGGCCACCAAGGCGGGCAUCGCGACCGUCAAGUACGCCGCCUCCGUUUUCACGGCGCCGCGCGCCGGGUUGAAGGGCCAGGAGAAGCUGUUCCAGCCGCGGAGCCCUUACUUGCCCGCGAGCGAAGACCAGAAGAAGGCGGUGCACGACCUGAUGGAUGAGCUCAACAAGGUUGAGGAGGAACUUGCGGGUUCCAGCUGAGUUGUUUGGCUUUCAGCAAUUAAGCAUGCGUCUGCCCCGAGAUCGAGGUGCUCUGCACGGCAGCUCGUUAAAGUCGGUGGACGUCAUACGCGAGCAAAGGCCAAACUAUGUCGUUGAGUAAUAGCUAAAAGGCCGGCAGUUGCAGAGCGGAACGAAGUAGCGGGACGAAGUAGCAUGGACGGACUGGCUUAAUGAGCUUAUGAUAUCAUAGAUAUAUACAGCAUCGGAUUUCACAACAAAUUAUGAUCGUGGCCAGGAUUAGUCUCAAGUUGAUCAACUAGAAUUCGAGUUAGCUGACAUCAAUGCGAACGAGAACCUCCGAA